GUUCCAAAGAUUUUCUGAUGAAGUUCUGUGCUUGGUUCUCUAAUAAUCUACCAUUAAAGACUGUUUUUCUUUUUUGUAAAAACUCAUUGGAUAUCUUUGGAAAAGAAACUUCCAUUUCUCAGUAAGCAGUUCAGAUCUUUUUGACCAAUAAGUCAGCAAUGCCUAUAUAUAACAGCAGCAACAUAUUGAUCCUCUUACUAAUGUGACAGAUUUCUGAUAAAAUCAACUAAAAUCCGAAAUAAUUGCAUAUCCUUCUAGGGCAGGCUGUUAUGGAGGAAUUAUUAUUAUAAUUAAUUCUUAUUUUGGUUGCAAGGAUUUAAUUAUCCGUUUUCUUUCCCUGCAUAUGUAACAAGCUAAGAAAUUGACCAAAAAUGCCAAUUUGAAGCUAAAGAAAAAAAAAAAACUAAAAGAAAUUGAUUUGGACGGUUGAGAUAAAUGCAAAUUUUUAGGCAAAGCAGAAGCUUGUUAGUCAAAUUCAGCUAGUCUGGCUAAGAUUAAGAAUGGUAUGACCAAAAAAAGCAUGCAGGCAAGAGGAUAAAAGGGCAUAAUCGUACUUGCCCCAAGUUAGUUUUUAGAAUAAUAUGGUUACAUCUUUCUACCUGAAAGAGGAAAAACCUGAAAAAAGGUUACAGAAUAUAGACCCUGUGAAGGACGCAGCAGAUGCCUUUAUCCUGUUUCCAGUCAAUUCUUCAUUCCUUCCUAUUUCUCUGCUCAAGUUUGUGAGAGUUUUACAUGCCAUUUUCCUUCAUUUCCUGCAAACCUGAAAUCCUUGGAUUUUGAGUAAUAUAUAAUUUCUGUUGCAUUCAAAGGUAACAUGUUCUUUCAUUCUCUGCCUUUUUCUUUUUCUUUUUUUCUGUUUCAUUUUGUAUAAUUAUGGUUAUAUUGAUCUUUGUUGGGAAUGAUCUAAUUCUUUCCUUCUGUUUCUUCAUCACCAUUUGAAUCUUUUAAUUGAUUAAGCAGUAUAAAUAAAAGAUAUGAUCCUUUUACUUCUUCUUUGCCAAUGUUCUGUACAUCCAUUCUAACGAGGCAUUGCAUUAUGUAUGAGUCAAAUUAGGCAAAGCCCACCAAGAAAAAGACAUGGUAAAGGAGAAAUUGUGCCUCAGUUGAAAAGGAAUUAUAGAUAAUAAGGGCUGUUUCUUUUGAAUGUCAGACUGAAAAUAAUAGACCUUAAGUUUUCCAUCUUUACUUGUUUAUUAUAUAAAUUCUUCUUCUUGAGAAAAAAAAAAAGAGAAAGAAAAAGGAAAGCAUAUAAUGAGAACCUAACAUAUAUGUCCAAUGCAUUUUCUUGGCUGCAUCUCAAGCUAUUUCUAACAGGCGUUCUUUGACAGGGAGCAAGUGACAAUCUCUUUCAAAGCCUCAUUUGUGCAUAAGCAAUGGGACAUUGUUGGAGCAAGGUUUGUAUGUGCUGUCAUAAUAUUAACAAUGCUGAUGGCAAGGUGAAUAAUAACCAAACUGAUCAUAUAAAUUGUACCUGUCAAAAUGUUCAUCGAAUAAAUACCAUCCAAAAAUGGGAGCAAAUGUUAUCUGAAGCAACUAGGGACAGCAAGAUUAUCAUAGUAAAUUUCUGCUCUUCAUGGUGUUCUCCAAGUAAAUCGAUAGCACCAUUGUACUGUGAUCUUGCUAAUAAAAAUCCUUCCAUGACAUUUUUAAGUAUAGACAUUGAUGAGCUGAGGGAGCCUAGUUCUACAUGGGAAGUUAAAUCUACGCCCACAUUUUUCUUCCUUAAAAAUGGGAGACAAUUAGACAAACUUGUAGGAGCCAACAAGCCAGAGCUUCAAAAGAAGAUUUCUGCUGUUACUAGUCUUGCAAAUGGCCUUAAGCACACAGGACAGUUGGGUUAAAGAUGAAGGUUAUAGAAAAUAUUACAACCUCAAUCUGGUGCUCAUGACUGCUUGUUUGUAGAAUGAGUUCUCAAGCUUCACUGCAAAUUUUCUCCAAUCAGUUUCCCUUCUUUAGACCUCUUCAAAACCACAAGGAAUAGAGUUAGUCAUCAUUGCAACAGCAAGAAAAGUGCAAAGGAAAAUGGGGAAAUGUGCAAGAAGAAGAGGACUGAAAAUGAAACAAUUUAUCUGAUCAUCCUAAUGCAAGUGUAGUUAUGGUGUUCAGGAGAAGAAGGCACGAAAAAUUAGCAGCAGAAGGAAUUACAGAAGAAACUAACCUCCUGUUGGUUAAGAGCAGCAAUGGAUGGCUACAAAAGUCCUAACAAAAUCAUAUUUCAGUAAUCCCUUGUCAAUUUUAGAUUAAUCUUAGUGAAAAUGAUUCCCUUUAAACAAUUGCCUUUCUUAUGAAGCAUUAAAGAACCUAGUAAUUCUUUUACCAUAAUGUAUCCAAAAAAAAGAAAAGUUGGAGCGUAUCAGUGAUUUCA